GACGGUAACGUGACCGGGACGCGCACGCAUUCCGUUAAACGGACCCUUCUGUAUGUAUGUAUGUAUAUAUAUAUAUUUUUUUAUGUGUGAGACCCGGAGGACGCCGCCGAGUAGACCUCCUGGACGUCGUGGUGUUUCUGUGUGAUCAUCUCUCGGUGACACCGAUUCCUCCCAGGGAUGCUGUGAAGCUGCAGCGGAAAUAAUCUGCUUUCUAAUUCUAGUCUUCGAGCAAAGCGGCUUUUAUUAUCACUCCAGGCGGCGAUACCGAUCUAGACACUGGGGCGAUGUGAAACGCGGAUAUUGCUCGCUCUUUUCCGCGCACCGAGGAAUAAGAAUGAACACCGGGCAGGAAAUGUCACCCGAUUUUGUCCUGAUGCGCCUGGUCUCUGCGGCCGAGGAGGACCGUUUGGACGAUGAGAGCAGCAGUCUGUCGCCGGGCUCUGGACUGGGACAUGGGAACGUUAAGGCUAAACUGGACUGCUCGCAGAAUCUGGCGGGUCUCAGUCACCUCUCAGCGGGGAACAAAGCUCUGCAGUCUGGCGGAAGCGAUGCACCUGACGCCGGCGUAAUGGCUACCGGAGCACCGCUCUCCGUUCCUCCUCCUCCGCUCCAUGCCUCCGAGGCCCGCGCUUACGAUCUCAGCCACAGAGGCGGAAUCGGGCCUCAGUUGCUGGUAUUCCGAAAUAUCUCAAGAGACCCCGAUGGAUUGUCCAAAAACAGGGCGGAUGACAGCCUUGAUUCGAGGUCUUUAGAAGAGCAGACGACGCACACUUCCGAGUCGAGCGGCAGCGCAACCAACAAUACGCGCGGCGCUGUAGAUGCUCAGCAUCAAUACCAUCCUCCAUGGGCGCUGCAUCCUCAGCUCAGAGUGAACACCGAGGACACGGACAGAGGAGAGCUGUGCCACCGGCAUCGCGACUGGCAGCAGAUCGGUGACACAUCAAAACCGAGCACAAAGGCGCAAGGAGAGCACCGGAUCCCGGACAGGCCUGUACUGGAACUCGCUCGUCAGUUUGGGGAGCUAGGGGUCGCCCCGGUUCCCGACUUUCUUCUCAAGGAUGGUGAUCUACCCCACUGCUCGUGCUCCACGACGACUGGAAUUCGACAAGGCGAAGAUCCAACCGAGACCAGCGAUGCUCUGCUUGUACUCGAGGGCCUCGACUCGGAGGUCAACGGUUUGGGCAUGAAGAGCAACACCGAGUCCCAGGAUGGAGCCCAGGUGAAGGCAGAGCUCGCACUGAAAUGUUUCCCUUCUGGCCAGGCGGUCGGGGUCACCAGUGGUCUGUGCUUACCGACAUGUCGCGACUCGCAUCUUUGCUGUUUGCUUCGAGGCUCCAUCACUAUUAAGACUCAAGGCGACACCACUGACAGAGACUCAGCACAGUUCCCGACUUCAUCACAAUCUUCAUCUUCAGUAGAACUGCGUCCUGAAGGCUCGAGCUCCAAUCUCGGGUCGAGCACCAGCAUGCAGGCGCUGAGGAGCGUCGGUGCGGCCUGCGAACCGUUUAAAGGGCUGAAAGUGCCAACCAAGAGCAGAAAGGGAUCUCUAAAAAACCGUCUGAGCAAACUUUUCAGGACUAAAAGCUGUAGCGGCUCUAAUAACCUUCUGGAUAAGAGACCAUCGGUGACCUUCUCCAUCUCCUCAGCCGGCAGCUUGGUGGACAUGUCCGCAGGGGAGCAGGAUGCGAGCAGCCAACCAGGAUUAACAAGGGCCCAAAGUGCCUUCUCUGGUGCUGCAUUCACUCCUGUCUUCACUGGAGAGACAGUGUCACUGCUGGAUGUGGACAUCUCACAGAGAGGGAGAAACUCUCCUCAUCCCCCAACUCCUCCUCCACCUCCACGCAGAAGUCUCAGCCUGCUAGAUGAUAUAGGUGGACCUCAGCCAGGGCCUUUCCUUGUGAAUAUUAUGGGGGCUUCCCUGCAGUCCCUUCCCUUGCCUCUUCCUCCUCCUCCCCCCAUCCAUGCCACUAUACAGCAUAGCCUCAGCCUCAAUGACGCUUUCUUCCGAGCUCUCCCUCAUUCCGCUCUGUCACCGAUUGAGACUCCACCUCCGAUGAGAGUUGCUCCACCUUCAAAUGUGUGUCCUCUGAGAGGAGUUGAUUCCAGCAGCUUCACAGCGAGCCUGAGGGAACUGGAGAGGUGUGGCUGGUACUGGGGGCCGAUGAACUGGGAAGACGCAGAACUGAAACUGAAAGGGAAACCGGAUGGAUCUUUUCUGGUGCGAGACAGCUCAGACCCCAGAUACAUCCUCAGCCUGAGUUUCCGCUCCCAAGGAGUUACACACCACACACGCAUGGAGCAUUACAGAGGGACCUUCAGCUUGUGGUGCCAUCCAAAGUUUGAGGACCGCUGCCAUUCGGUAGUGGAGUUCAUCGAGCGCGCCAUUAUGCAUUCGAAGAACGGAAAAUUCCUUUACUUUCUGCGCUCGCGUGUACCUGGACUCCCUCCAACCCCAGUGCAGCUGCUGUACCCGGUCUCCCGCUUCUGUAACGUCAAAACCCUGCAGCACCUCUGCCGCUUCUGCAUCCGCCAGCUUGUCCGCAUCGACCACAUCCAGGAGCUUCCUCUCCCAAAACCCCUGAUUUCCUAUUUGAAAAAGUUCUACUACUACGACCCAGAGGAAGAGAUGUACCUGUCAAUCAAAGGCAUGCGACAGAUAGCAGGUGUGGAGCAAGAGCCCGAGUCGGAGACGUAGCAAGAGAAACAUAUUUGCUGUUUUCUCUGUAUGGAUAGCAGAUGGGAUAGUGCAUAGAUGCUCCUGUUGCACAGCUCUGCCCGAAAUCCCCCAUCAGUCUUCCAGCAGAAGCCAGUGGACUUCAUCAGAACGACUGCUCAUCAUAUUAAGUCAGAUGGGGUAGCGAAAUGCUGGAGAACUGUCCGUAUGAAGCGGGCCGGAGAUGAACCGCCAGGCAUUAGACUACUGGACAGGCACAGGACUGUGAAAUAAAAUGGAUAGAACAUUAAACGUGAUCUAAAUUUAUGACUUAAAACUUCCAUCUGUAGCUCAUAAAAUCAAUGGACAUUUAAAAAAAAAAAAAAAAAAAAAAAAAAAGGGACACAUUUGUGAAUCCUUCGUUUUUCGUUCCUUUCCUCUCUGUUAUCUUGUGGUCUGCUUUAUUUGCCCGUUACCUCAACUGUAACUUCCUCAGCCUGUGUGCAGGCUACCUUUUCAGUAAAAGAAAGUAAAACUGAAA